CGCGCCUCCUGCUGGACCAGGUGGGAUAGAUUAGCAUUGACUUAAUUGUUCUUAACGCCGCUAAGCUGUCUCACUCCUGGCGUCCGUCCCCAUGACUCGCUCAAGUUGAUGACCCUAUUUGGUGGGCUUCUCUGCAACGUCUCCGGUGUGUCUGUCUGUCGCUCUUCACUGUGCACGCGGGGAAGUUUGAGUUCCUAUCUCGACAGCUCGGAACCAGACGAGUCGCGUUUCCCCUCCUCGUGCGUUCUCACCCCGAGCGAAGCACACACACAUACACACGCACACGCACAUUAGUGCAGAGGCGUCAACCACCAGCCUCAUGGACUCUACAACGCCAAACCCGCAAGGCUCGGGGCUGUCUCCCGGAGCCCGUCGAACACUCGGGAUCGCAUUGCUAUUAGUCGUGGUCUUCCUCUGGACGGCCUCGAAUUUCCUGGCCAGUACCAUCUUCGCCGAUAACACGUACUCGAAGCCAUUCUUCGUGACCUACGUCAACACCUCCCUAUUCAUCCUGCCGCUCUUCACCAUCAUCGCCAGCCGGGUGUUCAAGCUCUGGCGCGCGGACAAGCUGUACCGGAUCCGAUCCGUCCACAACCUGCUCGAACACUUGGAUGCGCACGACACGGACGGCGAGGCCCGGCGGAUUUUGGAACGGCGGGAUUCAUGGGAUAGCGAGGGGAGACAUAGCCCUGAGAGAUGGGCUACAUCUGCGCGGGAAACGGAGGGGACGUCAAAAGAGCAUCCAUCUCGGCUGGGGCUGAAGGAGACUGCCAAGCUGAGCUUUCAGUUUUGUCUAUUAUGGUUUACUGCCAAUUACUUCGCCAUGGCGUGUUUGCAAUAUACCACGGUGGGCAGUACUACCAUCCUCACCUCCACCAGCGGCGUUUGGACGCUGAUCUUCGGCGCGCUCAUCCGCGUCGAGCGCUUCACGCCGCGCAAACUGUGCGGAGUCAUCGCCUCGCUCCUCGGCAUCAUCCUCAUCUCGCGGCUGGACAUGACCUCAGACUCCUCCUCUUCGACCCCAACGACCCUGCAGGCAACCAACAACGGCGAUAACAACCACAACAACAACAAAAGCACCUUCCCGACCAAAACCCCGGGGGAAAUCGCCCUCGGCGACGCGAUGGCCGCCUUCAGCGCCAUCAUGUACGGCGUGUACACGAUCGUGCUCAAGAAGCAAGUCGGCGACGAGUCACGCGUCAACAUGCAGCUAUUCUUCGGGCUGGUCGGCCUGUGGAACGUCGUGCUGCUGUGGCCCGGGUUUCUGGUGCUGCAUGCCGCCGGCGUCGAGCCGCUCGCCUGGCCCGACACCCCCCGCAUCUGGGCCAUCAUCGCCGUCAAUGCCCUCGCCUCCCUGCUAUCGGAUAUCUGCUGGGCCUACGCCAUGCUCCUGACCACGCCGCUGGUUGUCACUGUGGGCUUGAGCUUGACGAUCCCGCUGUCGUUGGUCGGCCAGAUCGUCAUCCAGGGGCAGUAUGCCACUGGGUUGUAUUGGCUUGGGGCUGGGGUGGUGUUCUGCUCGUUUUUGGUUGUUAAUCAUGAGAGUCGGGCGGAUUUGGUGGACGGGGGAAGGAGGGGAAGGAGCAGGGGUGGCGCGGGGUAUGAGGUUAUUCCUGAGAGGAGGGAUUGA